CUUGUGUUAGUAAACUGACGGCGGGACCGGAGCAAUUUUCACGUGGUAAAAGCUUUAGGUACCGUAAUUUCAGAAUGUCUCAAAAACGGAAUCAUGAAUUUGUUGAUCCAUCUUCUGAUGAGGAAGAAGAAAAUGCGAAAAAAACUGUCCCAAUGCAUAUUAAGAAACAAGACAAAAGAUUGGUAAUUGUCUUGGAAAAUGCUAAUCUAGAAACUGUAAAAAAAGGAAACAGUCAUGAUUUAUUAAACAGUGAAGAUCAUAUGGGUAUCCUACGGAAAAGAAAAGAAAGUGGCCUGUGUCGGCCAGAUAUUACUCAUCAAUGUUUAUUGAUGCUCUUUGACAGUCCCUUAAACAGAGCCGGAUUACUUCAAGUUUAUAUUCAUACAGAGAAAAAUAACACCCUUAUAGAAAUCAAUCCUCAAACUAGGAUUCCAAGGACAUUCAAACGAUUUGCAGCAUUAAUGGUACAACUUCUACACAAACUUAAAAUCAGAUCAUCAGAUGGUAAUCAUAGGUUAAUGAAGGUGAUUAAAAAUCCCAUAACUGAUCAUCUACCAGUUGGUUGCAAAAAACUAUGUACAUCAUAUUCUGCUAAGAAAAUUGUCAAUCCAAGAGAAUUGGUUCCUCCGGACGAGCCAAUCGUCAUUGUUGUAGGAGCUAUGGCUCAUGGACAAGUGAAUAUAGAUUACACUGAAGAUACUGUUGCAAUAAGUGGAUAUCCUCUGUCUGCUGCUUUAACUUGUUCCAAGUUAUGCUCAGCAUUUGAAGAAGUAUGGGGAAUCCAAUGAUAUCCUCUUACCCAUCGCAACAAAUUGUAAAUAUUGCAAGUAAAAUAAAUGUUAAUGUUUGUUUUUA